AUGCCCGGGACCUUUGAGGCCCAAUCGGAUACAUCGCGCCAAAGAUCAAUAAACCUCAUUUUUUCGAACGCCGCUGAUAAGAUUCGACGAGCCACAGACACAGAAGGAUGCCUUUUCCUCGACGCCGCUCCAGAGGGUUCCGGUACUAUUAAAAGCCCCGUGGCCGAGGACCCAACCUUAUCGUUGCUGGGCUUAGCUCCUACCAGCAGCGAUGAAGAAACUGAUUCGUCUUCUGGUUCCAGUAACUGGGUGUCAGCUCGUGUCCUUGGCUUCUCAACGUCCAAUCGUCAUGGGUUUGAUGAGCAUGAGCACAUCACUCGCCAUGGAGCUGUCGCAGAGAAGCUCCUUGGAACCCUUAUCAGACGCUACCCCAUGGGCAAGCUGUUCACCUUUCACGACACAUACGGCCUUCAUCCUACAGACUCAUCUGAAGAGGAUCGAAUUAGACAGCUUUCGACACUCCCAAACAAUUUGCACCCAAAUUUCAGCAAGCCCAGUUUUCAGCGGCAGCAGCCUCAGGCCAAGGCUUGGGCGAAACAGAAUGAGGGCAAGGACAUCCUCCGCAUCUUCCCGGGAGCUCGCAACGUUGCUUUCGUACCCGUUUGGGACCCAAGAAAGAACCGCUGGUAUGCUGGUGGUUUCAUCUACAGCCGCCAACCGACGCGGGCUUUCACAGUAGAGGGGGAGCUUGGCUAUUUACGCGUCUUUGGUAUUCUGGCCAUGACGGAAACCUUGCGUCGCGAACUCAUACUAGACGAGAAGACCAAGUUUGAUGCAUUGAGUUCGAUGUCUCAUGAGCUGCGAUCUCCGCUUCACGGUAUCAUCCUCGGUAUUGAGCUGCUUACUGAUACCGACUUAAGUGUCACUCAGAGUGACAUAAUCCACACUCUAGAGGCAAGCGGCAGAACUCUCGCCGAUACGUUUGAUCAUCUCCUCGAUUACGCAAAAGUCAACAACUUCCAGACCACAACGACUCCACUUGCCAGAGGCAUUCGCCCAGGUAACCCGCAGAAGCAUGACUCCAUUGAGGCCGGCAUGAUGACGCUCAACUCCGUUGUGCAGAUUGAUCUGGUUGUUGAGGAGGUGAUAGACAGCAUCUUUUCCGGCUUCAGCUUCCAGCAUAUGUCCAUUUCUCAACUCAACAAGUCGGACAGGGCCCAAGAUCUUGAUACUGCCGCCAAUCUGUACCUUGACAGUCUAAGGGCAAAAGAAGAGCUGGGGCUUGCUCAAUCUACACAGGCUGCCGGACUCGCUUUCAACAAAGUCCUGGUCUUAUUCGACGCCAACCCCGACCCGGCGCAAUCCGCCGGAUUGUCAUGA